GCUGCAUUAUACCUGACUCAACUGAUUCAGUCUUGGUGUCUGAAUAAUUUUGUUCUUGUUUAUGUUUUAUUACCUAUAUAUGCUCUCAUGGUUGUGUUCCUUUCUUUUGUUUUUUAACAAUUGGUACAUGAUGAUAUCAAAAAUGGAAUGAAGAAAGAAACCUAUGGUCUUAAAAAUCCACUUACUUUGAUGAGCUAUGUGACCCCUAUAAUGGCAAUUGCAACUGGUGUUCUUUCUUUGAUGCUGGAUCCAUGGCAUGAAUUGAGAAAGAACGAUUACUUUAAUAGCUCAUCGCAUAUUCUGAGAAGUAGUUUGCUAAUGUUGUUUGGUGGCACUCUGGCUUUCUUCAUGGUAUUAACAGAAUAUGUUCUUGUGUCUGUAACAAGUGCAGUAACAGCUACUUUUCAUCUCUUGAGUGGUUUAGGAUGCUAG